GAUCUUAAACCAAAUAAUUUGUUGUUGGAUGAAAAUGGAGUUUUAAAAUUGGCUGACUUUGGAUUGGCAAAAUCUUUUGGAAGCCCAAACAGAGUUUAUACACACCAAGUAGUAACAAGGUGGUACCGAGCUCCAGAACUAUUGUUUGGUGCUAGAAUGUAUGGUGUCGGUGUUGAUAUGUGGGCUGUUGGUUGUAUUUUAGCUGAACUGCUUCUCAGGGUUCCUUUUUUGCCUGGGGACUCUGAUCUUGAUCAACUGACAAAGAUAUUUGAAACAUUGGGCACUCCAACAGAAGAACAGUGGCCUGGGAUGACAAGUCUUCCAGAUUAUGUUACAUUUAAGUCUUUCCCUGGAAUGCCCCUUCAGCAUAUCUUCAGUGCUGCUGGUGAUGAUUUGCUCAAUCUUCUGCAAGGCUUAUUCACAUUUAAUCCUUGCACUAGGCUUACAGCUACACAGGCAUUGAAACAGAAGUAUUUCAGUAACCGACCAGGACCCACUCCAGGAAAUCGACUGCCAAGACCAAACUGUCAUGCAGAAGCUGUAAAGGAGCAACAGAAUCCACGUAGAAACUUAAAAAGGAAAAGAACAGAUGGAAUAGAUCAAGGAUUACCCAAAAAACUCGUUUUUUGAUUGCUGUGGAUGGUGGAUGGAAAUG